AUGAAGGCUUCAUUGUGGAUCACGGCCACAUUCCUCGCUUCCACGGUCCUAUCUAUAGAGACAUUGCCAUUCUCUCCCCCGCAAUUCGCAGAAAUCAGCAAAAGAGCAUACGACGUCUUACAAAUCCUGAAGCGCGCCGAUAAUAAUUGCCCGGGGGAUUACGAUCCUUGCACCAACCUAGGCCAUUCGGACGUCUGCUGCAGAAGCGACUCGAUCUGCUCUCGAGACGCCGCCGAUAAUAUCGCUUGCUGCCCUACAGGGGCAAAAUGCACAGGAAGUCUUACGGGGACGUCCACUGGCACAGGCGCCAGCUUUAGAUUCCCUGGAACCGCAACCGCGGCACCGACUACGACUACCAACGACGCUACAAUAACGGGCUCUACGCUGACCGGGGCUUAUCCGUUCAUCUAUGUCCCCACCACAUUCCCCAAUGCAGGCAUAUGCUCGUCAUACUGGUCCGUUUGCCAAAGCGAGUAUUCGCAGUGCACCGCGGCACUUGGAGGCCGCUACGGAGUCACCGUCGCAGGAGGCGGUGCAGGAGUCACGGUUGCGGGCGGUGAUCCAACGGCCGCCGCGUCUGUUUGCUCGAGUCUGAGUCAAGCUGCUUGCCAUGGGCUCAACCUGGCGUACUGCGGCACGUAUGCCACGGGGGGAAGUAGCCCGAACAUUGCUGUAUCUGGCCGAACCUCCAGUCUACAAGACUUAGUUUUUGGUAUGGUUGUUGGCGUGGCGGGAAUGUUUAUUUGA